UAAGGGAGACUAUUUUUGCUAUAUCUUUUUUGUUAUCAUCCUAUCUUGAGUAAACUCCCCUAUCUACUAGACGCGUCGAAAGAAAAAUGGAUACGAAAAAGACAGUAAAAGGUCUACGUGAACAGUUACAAGAUGGCGGAAGUAUCGUCAUAGCGGAAGGAUAUUUGCUUGAAUUCGAAAGACGUGGGUAUCUUAAGGCAGGAGGUUUUGUACCGGAAGUAGUCAUAGAACAUCCAGAAUUGGUGCGUACAUUACACGAGGAAUUCGUUCAUGCAGGAAGUGACGUUGUAGAGGCUUUCACGUAUUAUGGUCAUCGGGAAAAGUUGCGAUCCAUUGGUCGGGAAGAUGACCUUGAAAUACUCAACAAGAAUGCGCUUCGUAUUGCACGUGAGGUAGCAGACAAGACGGGGACGCUUAUGGCGGGAAACCUUUGCGUGACCGGCGUCUAUAGUGCAGACGACAAAGAUUCUCACGAAUCAACAAAACAGAUGUUCACUGAGCAGGUAAAAUGGGCUGUGGAGGGUGGUUGCGACUAUAUCAUUGCUGAAACGUUUGGUUAUUUGGGUGAAGCACUCCUCGCCCUUGAAGUGAUUAAAGAACAUGCGGAAGGUAUACCGGCAGUUGUGACGCUCACGGCGUUCGUACCGGAUGUGACGUUAGACAAAAUACCAUUUCCAGACGCAUGCCGGAAGUUAGAGUUAGCAGGCGCUUCAGCUGUAGGUCUGAACUGUACCCGAGGACCAAAAACAAUGCUCCCACUGCUGAGAGAAAUAAGAAAAGUUUGUCAAGGACCUAUUGCUGCAUUACCAGUACCCAUGAAUACAGACGAGAAGUGUCGGACAAUGUAUUCCUUAAAGGACCCGCAAACAGGCGAGUUGAUGUAUCCAGAAAAUAUCAACGGAUUCAUUUGCAACCGAAAAGAAGUCCGUCAGUUCGCAAGAGAAGCUAAAGAAGUCGGAGUACAAUAUAUUGGACUAUGUUGCGGUAAUGCGGCCAAUCUGCUUCGUGAGAUAGCGGAAGAAUACGGGAGAAAACCACCAGCAUCUGCGUACGCACCGGACAUGUCAAAUAAUAUAAUGAUCGGAGAAGCAGGCGAAAAAGUAAGUAAAGAGGGCCGGAUGGUGCGGAGGUACUCCCUAGGGGAAUUUACUCAGGAUGAACUUGAAGCGUUGCAUAAAGAAGCCAAGAAGCUGGACAUUCACCAUGAGCAUGAUUAAUGGUACGGAUAGACGAACGGAAUCACACGGAAUUUAGCAAUAUCUGACUCGGCGGAAACGACGAAAAAUCGAAGACUUUUCACGUUAUGCAUUUAUAACGCUGGAAUAUUUAUAUUGACAAAAGGGGUGUCGAUAAUUCUUAUAUAAAAGGAUACUAUUAUCGCCUAAAUUUUAAUCACCCAAACAGUUAUUCAUAUUUUAUCUGUUCAGCGUAAUAGCGUAGUGGUAGAUACCCUAGUUCGAUUCCUGGAAAAGGCAUUUUUCUUUUCUUAUAUUUUUGUGUUUUUAGGUAUUUUAAGUUCCUCGUGAAUUUCUUUCACCCACUACUAUUAGAGAAAAUUUUAUAGUUUUACACACAUUCGCUUUCAGCAGCAACACAUUCGUGAUUAGAGUGAUAAAUGAGAAAUGGAAGAAAAUUAAAUAUAUAAAUAUACAAAUGAGCCGAAAUUGUCAAACAAAUGUUGAAAAUUGAAUUCAGAGAGAAUACUAUUCAAUCUGUUAAUUAAAUGACUGUUAACAUCAAAUACAUUCUUUUUUUCUAAAUCGUUACAAGUUUAACUUUAAAUUGUAUAAAAAAAUUAAAUAAAUCACAAGUUUAUUAAAGAGAAUAUGAAAAUGUUUUCUGAAAGUAAAAACCAUACAGACACAAAACAAAAAAUAUUGCACAAUUGCAGAUUUGAUCUCGAAAAAUAAAUGAUUUUCUUCACAUGAACUCUUCUUAAUCUGAACUCUCUUACCACUACGCUACUCGGAUUUACGUGUCUAUGUAAACUUUUAUUUUCUGUAUUGAAAUAAAAAUGCAAAAUGUA